ACAACAAAAAAUCUUGUCACAAUGUUCCAAUUGUGCUAGAAAUAAUUUUUAGAAAUUGAAAUCUUAAAAGAAAGUAAAUUUUUUCAAAAAUAAUGGCACAUCGAGAUGUUUUGAGCAUACAAAAAAUGAAAAAGUUUACUGUUCCUAACAAUCUAAAUUUAAGGAAGCUUUGGAAUAUAAUAGGACCGGUUGUAGCCACAGGAGUAGUAGGUCCAGAUUACUUGCCCAUAUCAAAUUUAUUGGAUACUAAUGCUUAUGAAGUCGGAUAUAUUUUUGUUCAAACCGCUGGACAGAAAAUAAGUUGUUUUGGUCAUUCUCCCCUGAUUAAAAUUCUUGGACCAAUCAAAGAUUACAUCAAGAAAAAUGAAACAGACAAAAAAUGGUUGGCAAAUGAAUUUCCUGUAGUUAAAAACUUUCCUGAACAUCAAAAUUUUGAGGUUGUUAUGCAACAUAGUGAAAAUAAAUUAACCUUUGAAGGAAAAGAUUAUUAUUUUCUUAGCAAGCCUGAAGAGAUGAUUCUGGAAAAAAAUGUUACAAUCGAUCGAGCAAGCGAUGAAGACUUACAUUAUGCUGAAUGGUUUGGAAUGAUCCGGAAUGUAGUAGUAACAAAUGUUUUUCAAAUUAAAAUGGAAAGCAAGACAUCAUCCAGAGUCUUGCAAGUCGGUGAUGGGCCUCAUGCUAUACUUUAUAACUAUGAAAUGUGUAAAAUUGAUUUAAAAGGAAAAACGAAAAACACAUCGUGCACGGCGCCAAAUAUACCAUGGGAAGGGCUACAGUGCGAAUGUCAAGAUGGACUACCAUUGCCAACUUUCUAAAUUAUUUGUAAAUUUAACAGGAAUUUCUCGAGAAAAAUUAUUCAGGAAGCAAGUCAAUCAUCCUCUUAAAAUUAAUUAAAACAAUACUAUGUAAACAUCGAAUUUGUAAAAGGAAUAAA